AUGGCGUCGAUGGCGUCAACCAUCGGCCCUGCCCUGGUGGUGCCGAAAACACGCCGCCAGCCCCCACCCUACGCGCGAUCACGCCCGCGACACAGGAUCUCGGGGACGCCCGCACCCGCGCACGGCGCACGCCAAGGUCGACCGCUCCGACGCGCGCACGUCAAGCUCUACGCGCGAUCCCGCCCGCAGACCCGCCGCUCCGACGCAGACCCGCGCACGCCAAGCUCUACGCGCGAUCCCCUGCCCCGUGCCGUCGCUUCCGCUCGCGUCGCGCUGGUGGUCUCCAGUCCGCCACCGCCCGCGGCCUCGGGGACGCCCGCACCCGCGCACGCCAAGGUUGACCGCUCCGGUCGCUUGUGCAUCCCUCGCGCCGCCCGGGAGCUAGCCUCCGCGCCCGGCACAAGAUUCCGCCCAGAAGCCUCCGCGCCCGGCACAGGAUUCCGCCCAGAAGCCUCCGCGCGGUGGACAGGGACGCGUCCCGCGCUCGGCACAGGAACCCGCCGCGCCGUCGUCGCUCGGCAGAGCAUCUCGCCGCGCCGUCGUCGCCCGGCACAGGAUCCCGCGCGCAGCAGGUGUAUUGUGAUGGAUCCUACAUCAGAACCAGCAGACAUUGAAUCAGGAGUUGGUGAUAUUACGGCACCUGAACGAGGCAGACCAACCAUGACGGCAGGUCGUCGUGGCGCAGGAUUUACACUGGCAGGGCGUAGUGCCGGUCGUGGCACUACUUGUGUGAUACGCGGUAGUAGGAGUGCCGGAAGGAGCAUUCGUGGUGGCCGAAGUGUUGGUAUUGACAUCGAUUUAAAUGCUCAAGUUCGGGAAGAUGAUGAACCAAUUCAAGUUGAAGCUGAAAUUACUGCAAAUAAUUCGAAGGAGAAAUAUGACAAGGCAGAUUGGUCAUCCAUGAAUACUAGAACUUUUUGUGAAAUAUGUGUUGAAGAGGUUGAAGCUGGUAACAGACCAAAUGGAACACUAACUACUGCAGCGUAUAAAAAUAUUUGUGUUAAGUAUCGACAAAGAACUGGUUUGCUUCACAGCAAAACUCAAUUGAAGAAUAAGUGGGAUUUACUGAAAGGGCUUUACAGUUUUUGGCUUGGUCUAAACAAAGAUACAGGACUUGGAUGGGAUUCUAAGCUAGGGACUGUGAUUGCAAGUGAUGAAUACUGGAAGAAAAAUACAAAGGGGCAUCCUGAUUGGAAGAAACUGAAAUAUGGCCCUCUAGAAAAUGAAGAUUUCAUGACACAAAUGUUUGAACAUAUUGCAGUGGAUGGAUCUACAUCAUGCGCUCCAGGUGAAUUUUAUGAUGUGGAAAAUCAUGAGACUGAGGUUGAUGGUAUUGAUGGAGUUGAUUUUGGCACAUUUGAGGCAGACUGUGAUGCUCAAUAUGAUGAAUUUGCGUCUCCUUUUGCUAGUGCCAGCAAGUCAACUCAGUCGAAGAGAGGCGGCUCAACUCAGUCAAAGAAAAGAGCUAGUCCUACUGUUGUUAAUAGCCCACUGAAGCGCUCAAAGAAUCCCAUGGUUAAGGUCAUGAAUAAGAUUCAUAAUACUUUGGAGAUCAAUUGCAAUAUUUCAAACAAAGUAAUGCUUGGAGAGUAUAGGUAUGAAUCAAUCAAGCAAUGCAUGGAAUGGGCUGUUGAGUGUGGAGCAACUGAAGGAUCACUUGAGCAUUUCAUGGCUACUCAGCUUUUUGUUAAGGCGGAGCACAGGGAUGUAUUUAAGUCAUUCAAAACAAAUGAAGGAAGACUUCUAUGGUUGAAGAGGCACUGCGCUAAGGAUGGCUUAUGUUAGGAACAUCUAUUUAUUUUCGUGUGUUAGGAGCAUCUAUUUACUU